AUGAGGAUUUUCGUUGAGCAGACCUUCAGAUCAACUGCAUUUCUACGACUACGCCAGCCAUGUCGGCCGUCUGUAUUAAUCAAAUUCCUGGUAAACUUCUACCCCGCAACAGCUUCGCUGCGCUCAACUGACGCGACGCAGAGUGGGCCCAAACGCGUCAAUUGCUCAACAAAACUACCAUCCAGACCUUUCAGCACCAGCAGACAACGCCGUCCGAAAGUUUUCAGUUCUGAAUCAACAACGCAUUCAGCGAAAGGAGCGCGGCACCAAUUUGGAAGGUCCUAUCAAAAGACAUAUUUCCAAGAGCCCGAACCACCACAAUGGCAGCCUCCCCGAGUCGGCUCAGGGGCCCUUGUCGUGGGCAGCAUAGUGGGAGCAUGUGUAGGAAUCUUCCUUUGGAAUGGGCAAUUGCAGCUCGAAGCAGGUAAAAAAGCUACUAGAGAGGCGCGCCAGAAAGCCAACGACUUUCUUAAGCAUUUCGUCAUGUCUGCGAGGAGCCUUGAACCUGGCCGAUACUACACAUUGAUCACCUCGGCAUUCAUGCAUCGCGACGUUAUGCAUCUUGCUCUCUGUAUGCUAGGGCUGUACAGCUUUGGGCGGACGACGAUUAUGAUGACUGGAAUACCUUCUUUCAUGGUCUUAUAUUUCGGCGCUGCGAUUGCUGGAGGUGUUGCCCAGGUCAAGUUUUGGGAGCGGACUCGACCACCAUAUGAGACGAAUUAUGGGAUGGGCUCAUCCGGGGCCAUCUCUGGGCUGUUUACUGCAAUGGCUUGUGCUUCGCCUAUGUCAACAAUGUUGCUGUUCUUUGUUCCCAUGCCUAUGGUUGUCGGAGCCGUGGCAGGGGUAGUUAUCAGUAUCGGCGGGAUGCAGGGAAGGUGGCUUCAAGGUUGGGGGCAUGCGGACCAUUUAGGAGGUAUGGCCUUUGGAGCUGUUUGGUGGUUGUUGGCGAUGAGGCGGGGUGCUCCUCUGGGAAGACUCUUCAGACCCAGGUACUAG